AUUAAGGCCUGGAAUACCAGUUGUCUAAGCCUCUGGAUUCAGAAGCAUUGCAGGUGUGAUUCAUGGUGCCAUCCCUAUAAAGAUGAUACCCAUGUGGUUCCUGAGCAUGUCCCUCAUGGGAUUUCUCCUGAUUGAGAUUGAUGGAGUUCCAGCAGAUUCUGAGGGUGCUGUGGGCAGUGAGUUCAAGCAAAGUUCUCUGCAGGAAGCAAUCAAAAUGAUCGACCAAUUGUACAAAGAGCCCAGAGAUGGUGAAGGAAAUAUUAAUAAAGCAUCCCUAAAAUCUUUAGACCUCCUAAGCUUCUUCAAGCAGCUUGCAGCAGCAACCAGAAUGGAACAAUCUGUUGAUGCUAAGGAGAUUGCAUUGAAACUCAUCCAAUUCCACCUCAACAUAUCAGAUGGUAUGACGCACACCACAGAGUGUUCAGGAAUUGUCCAACCCGCUGUCUGCAAGAAUGACUGUUGGUCCAACCGAUAUAGAGCCAUCAAUUCCUACUGCAACAACAGGAGGGCCCCUUAUCUGGGGGUAACUAAUAAGGCUCUUGCCCGCUGGCUCCCAGCUCAAUACGAGGAUGGAUUUUCACUUCCAAAGGGCUGGAUAGAAGGGAAGCUAUAUUCUGGAUUCCCCCUGCCACUGGCCCGAGAGAUUUCCAACAAAAUCCUGAAAACGUCCAUUAAAGACAUCGUUCCAGAUUCCAAAUGGAAUCAGAUGUUUGUGCAGUGGGGGCAGUGGAUUACUCAUGAUGUGAGUUUAAUUCGUCCAUCUCACAACGUUGAGACCUCCAGCAAUGGCAUCAACUGUGAAAAGUCUUGUGUGCAAAGAAACCCUUGUUUCCCAAUUAAGGUACCUUAUGACGACCCACGGAUUACAGACAGCCAUCAGUGCAUACCAUUCAUCAGAUCAGCUCUUGUGUGCCCCUCAGUGUUUACAGGCAUGAAUACAUGCGAGCAGAUCAAUAUGCAGACAUCCUACAUUGACGCCAGCAAUAUUUACGGCAACACAGAAUACCAGGAAAAGAAACUCAGAGAUUUCACCAGUGACCAGGGUCUGUUGAUGGUCAAUCCAACCUUUUCGGAUGACAGACUGAAAUACCUGCCUUUCACAAGCUAUAGGCAGAAGAGCCCUUGUGCUGUGAUCCACAACAGCUCCUCUUGCUCUGGCAUAAGCGUUCCCUGUAUGUUAGCUGGUGAUGACCGUGCAAAUGAAAACCUGGGACUGCUCUCUGUUCACACGCUAUUUCUACGGGAACACAAUCGUUUAGCAAGAGAGCUGAAGAAGCUGAACCCACACUGGAGUGGAGAAACAAUCUACCAGGAGGCGAGGAAAAUCAUGGGAGCAUUUCAACAGAUUAUAAAUUACAGGGACUAUGUUCCCCUCGUAAUUGGUAAGGAUGCAACAGAGAAAUAUCUCCCUCAAUACCAAAGCUACAAUGAGUCUGUUGAUCCCAGACUCUCUAAUAUCUUCACUACAGCCGCAAUGCGCUUUGGGCAUGUCACGAUCCAGCCAAACGUGAAACGUUAUAAUGAAAAAUACCAGGAUGUAUCGAAGUAUUCCAGCAUGCUCCUGCAUGACACCUUCUUUGCUCCAUGGAAUUUAAUUGAGGAAGGUGGAAUUGAUCCAAUCUUUCGAGGUAUGCUUGGUUACCCUGCCAAACUGCAGACCCAAAGCUCCAUGAUGUCAGAUGAACUGCGUGAGAAGCUGUUUGCAGCACAGCAUCAUAUAGCCCUGGACCUGUCUGCCAUAAACAUACAGCGCUCUCGAGACCAUGGGCUCCAAGGUUACAAUGCUUGGCGAAGGUUCUGUGGACUUUCUGAGCCCCAAGAUAUUGUUGCUCUUUCUCUCAUCCUUAACAAUAUGGACCUAGCAAUUAAUCUCCUCAACUUGUAUGGAACUCCAGACAACAUCGACGUGUGGGUGGGGGGUAUCUCCGAACCCUUCGUGGAAGGUGGCAGGGUGGGCCCUUUGUUCGCUUGUUUGAUAGGACAACAAUUCAAGAAUCUGAGAGAUGGAGACAGAUUCUGGUGGGAAAAUGAGGGGGUUUUUACUGCCAGACAGCAGCAGGCUCUUUGGCGAAUGUCAUUCUCCAGACUAAUCUGUGAUAACACCGGGAUUGAAGAACUCCCUCAGGAUGUGUUUAGGUACAUGCCAUACCCAGAAGGAUAUGUCAGAUGUAAUCAGAUUUCACGAGUAGACCUGAGUACCUGGAAAGAGAAGACUAAUGUGACACCCUGUGGCUCCAUUCCCACUGUCGCUCAUGCCCAUUUCUCAAUCUGUAAAUCCUCGGUCAGGUACACCUGUAAGUCAGGAUUCAAGCUGGAGGGAGGAGAUGUGAUAAAAUGUCUGAGUGACGGACAGUGGAAUAGUGCACCACCUAGCUGUACAGAAGUUUCUGGAAGCUUGGAGGGAAUAACGGACUCAAAAGGAGGUAAAAGUGCACCCAGUUCAGCAGAAUCCAAAGAAGAUACAGAUUUUCCUUAUGACAGUACCGAGUUUGGUUCAGAAGUUGACGCUUGAGCUACAGCCUAAGGCCAAAAGUUGCUUAACUGUGAAGCAAUAAGGGAGGGUGUGCACUGGAUGGUGAUAAGAUUUAUCAUUCUUUAGUGUAAAUAUAAAAAGUCAAUGUGUGUUCUCUGCCCAGGUGCAGUAGGUGGAGUGAGACUUCCCAUUCUCUACUCUAUGUCCUUUGGCAAUACAUUCUGUCACUGGAUCAAUAUCCUCUGAUUCCAGUCCUCAUACUUCUUGUUUAUUUGAUCCUGCGGCAUGAGCAACAAUGGCAAGGCAAUAUUUAUUUCCCUUGCCCUUGAGAAGGUGGUGGUAAGUGUUCAUCCCUUUCUGUCCCUGGCCCUCUUGCAGAGGAUUGAUUCCAAACAGCCAUGGAGAGAGAUGGCUUUAGUCCCUCAUGGACUAUGGCUAAUUACCAUUACCAUGGUGUGCAGGGCAGGGUGUUUUAUAAAAUAUUUUCUCUGAAGAUGGUAUUCUAUUGCAUGAAAUCAACCACCACUGCCCCCUCCCACCCCAACUACCCCUAACUCACCCCAGAACCUUCCAAACCAAUAAGGCAUUUGUGGCUCUUGAAACUGUACAACGUAAGUGUUGGACUUUCUGGGCAUGACAUUCCAGUGCAGUAACCAGAAAUGCUGCAUUUUCAGACAUGUUUUUAUUUUGAUGAUUGUAUGUUAAACUGACAGUUUUACCAUCAUUACGACUAUCAGUUCCAGGCCACUGAACUUCACCGACUGCUUGUGAUAAUUGGCUCUAUGCAAAUUGGCUGUUUCAUUUGGCUGUUUUGGAGCCUUCAUAAUAGUAACUGCAGUUCAAUUCAGUGUGAUGUCCAGAGGACUGCAAUAAAAGUAAGAUCUUUCCAAUAACUACAGACAUUAUUGUAAAUCAGUAAAGUGUUUUGGUGUUUUAAUGUUAACUUGUUCCCAGCUAAUGCUCUGACACUCUAAUCAGAUCAUUGUUGACACUUCUUUUGCUGUGAUAACCUUUGCUUGUGUAGAAUCAUUGAAAUAAAGUAGCAGCAACCAAA